AUGGUUGCUGUUGUUAACUGCAAACCGCAGAGCCUCAGCUCCUCCCCUGCCAUCGGCUUCCCCCGAUUCCGCUACUUCCGCUACCGCCGCCUCCGACUUGUAGAUACAAAAAGUUAUAAGAUGUCAACGAAGAAGAGCAGCCCGAAGGAACAGGGGAAGAACAAGAAGGGGAGAUUAUCGGAGAAAUCGGUGUCGUUUCACGGCCGUGUUCCUGAAGAUAUGGUUGGGAAGUUGAUUAGGCCAAGGACAGUGCCAAAUUUGAUCACCGUUAGAGGUGCGAUUACGACGGAGGCGAUGACGCCUCCGAAGCUGACGAAGUUGUUGCUUAACGUCACGGUUCAGAGAAGCUUAGGUCCCGUGCAGGUGUUGAUAUCUCCGGAAUCGACCGUCGGUGACCUUAUCGCUGCCGCUCUCCGCCAGUACUCCAAGGAAGGCCGGCGAGUGAUAUUUCCGUCUCUAGAUCCUUCCGGAUUUGAUCUUCAUUACUCGCAGUUUAGUCUAGAAAGUUUAUCUAGAGACGAGAAGUUAAACGAGUUAGGUUCACGGAAUUUCUUCCUUUGUCCUAAGCAACCGGCUACCACUGCCGGAAGUAGCGGUGGUGAUGGUGAAGUCGGAGUCAGUUACGAUGGGAUGACUACUACAUCACCGCCGUCAUCGUCCACCUGCUCGACGGAAGCAGAGAAAGUGACGAAAGGCGGAGCAGUCUGGCUCAGAUUCAUGGAAUUCAUGCUGUAAGAUUUGAUCAUAUUGAUUGAUUUUUACUACAGUAUUUGUAGUUUCAAAUUAAUUGGUAUUCAAAUUUCUGGUUCCUAUUCAGUUUCCGAAUUUCAUCAAAAUAAAGAUUUGAUUUUAAGAUUGAUUGAUGAUUGGGUUUGAAAUUGAUGUACAUGGAUUAGCUAUUUAGCUUGUAUGAGUAUACAAUCUCAAUAAUAUAAUGUUACAAGUCAUAUCCGCAAUAUUUAAGUUAUAAUUUGGAAUAUAUUUAUUUGAUAAUUGAACGAAUUGAUGGAAUCUUUUGUUGGACCUCGGAUUGGUCCGAUUUAGACACGAUCUUGUCGGGUGUUUUAAUGAUGUUCGUUUUACUGUCACAUGAUUCCAACGAGGGUCAAUACCGUUGUGACUGACAAUCGUUUUGGUUGUUGAAGGCUUUUCUACCCUUUCAUUCAAUCUCCUAAGAUAUAAAUAGAACGUCAAAAAGCUUCAUAACUCAACUCAAUCAUAUCCAAAUAUAAUUCAAAAUAGGACAUCAAAAAACUUCAUAAC